CUGGAAGCCGGGGGCGGGGCGCUCCCUUGGGGCGCCUGGCGUUGGGGAACGGAGCUGGGGGCUCCGGGUGCGCGGGCAUAAGAACAAGGCGUGCGCACCGGGUUCGCGGAGCACCAGUCUGCGCACAGCCACCCGGGCGCCACUGUACGCACGCGCCCCGCAGCUCCCGGCUGACGCCGGCCUUCGCACCGCCUCCGCCGCAGGAAGCUACCGCGCACCGCUAGCACCAUGCCCCGCAUAGACGCGGACCUUAAACUCGACUUCAAGGAUGUUCUGCUGCGACCUAAGCGGAGCAGCCUCAAGAGCCGAUCCGAGGUGGAUCUUGAGCGAACUUUUACAUUUCGAAACUCGAAGCAAACCUACUCAGGGAUUCCCAUCAUUGUGGCCAACAUGGACACUGUGGGGACAUUUGAGAUGGCUGUGGUGAUGUCACAGCAUGCCAUGUUUACAGCCGUUCACAAGCACUACUCCCUGGAUGACUGGAAAUGUUUUGCGGAAACCCACCCCGAAUGCCUGCAGCAUCCCACCAUCCCAGCAUCCCAGCAGCAUCCCAGCAUCACACCACCUCAGCACCCAGCAUCAUUCUACCAUCCCAGCAUCAUCCUAGCAUCCCACCAUCCCAGCAUCAUCCCAGCUUCAUCCCAGCAUCCCAGCAAAGGAAAGCAUGUAGCCGUGAGUUCUGGCAGCGGGCAGAAUGAUCUUGAGAGGAUGAGCCGCAUCUUGGAAGCUGUGCCUCAGGUGAAGUUCAUCUGCCUGGAUGUGGCCAAUGGGUAUUCAGAGCAUUUUGUGGAAUUCGUGAAACUGGUCCGAUCCAAAUUCCCCGAACACACCAUCAUGGCAGGGAACGUGGUGACCGGAGAGAUGGUGGAAGAGCUCAUCCUCUCUGGAGCAGAUAUCAUCAAAGUGGGAGUCGGACCAGGUUCUGUGUGCACCACCCGAACCAAGACAGGAGUGGGCUACCCGCAGCUGAGUGCGGUGAUAGAGUGUGCUGACUCCGCCCAUGGCCUCAAGGGGCACAUCAUCUCUGAUGGAGGCUGCACAUGUCCAGGAGAUGUCGCCAAAGCCUUUGGAGCUGGUGCAGACUUUGUCAUGCUGGGAGGCAUGUUUUCAGGCCACACCGAGUGUGCAGGUGAGGUGAUCGAGAGGAACGGGCAGAAGCUGAAACUCUUCUAUGGCAUGAGCUCAGACACAGCCAUGAAGAAACACGCAGGAGGCGUCGCCGAGUACAGGGCCUCCGAGGGCAAGACCGUGGAAGUGCCUUACAAAGGGGACGUGGAGAACACCAUUCUGGAUAUCCUUGGAGGACUGCGCUCCACCUGUACCUACGUCGGGGCUGCCAAGCUCAAAGAGCUCAGCAGGAGAGCCACGUUCAUCCGGGUGACCCAACAGCACAACACGGUGUUUGGUUAACCUCGGGGAUGCAGACCUCAGUGUUGAGCCGAGUGGAAGCCUCCUUUCACCAUGCUUCGCCCCUCCCCUCCUUAUCUGCCUUGGCAGGCUGGCUGCUAUCACAGAUGCUGAGACUGAGUCCUUGUCCUGAUCUUGUAGCCCGAGACCUUGGGGCUUGCCCUAGUGCCUGUGUGGGGCCCAGGAGCAGGGCGCUCGUGGGGCCCCGGGUCAGCUCCUAGAACUCAUCGCCUCCUGGUGUCAACCAGCCCUUGCACCCUCCUUUCUGUCCGCCGUUAGUUUUCUUUCUAAAGGACAAUGGUUUCACUUUUAAUAUAAUGCUAUGAUCUUGACUGA